AACGCCAUCUGUUCUCCGGCGCUUCUUCCGUGAAAUCCGACCCCAGUGUAAGUAUAUUUACUGUACACAAAAUUAGACUCUUACCGCCCUGAAUCACUGCUGCUGUCAGGCACUGUGCACCGCUGUAGGAUAGAUGAGAGACGAUUCAUUGUCGGGACAAAGAUGGUGACGAAGAAGAUCCGGUCGGAGUAUAUGAAAAAGUUCAAAGACCCCAAAUGGGAGACCUACACAAAGUGUUAUGAGGAGAUGCUGAUGUACAGGUUGACCCGCAGGCUGCUGGAGCACACACACAACCCCUGGUUUUGGGCUGGCUCCGAAAGUGAUUCUGAUUCCGGAGGAAGAAGCCCCCCCCCUCCUCCUCCUCCUCUUCUUCUUCUUCCUUCUGCCAGCAAGGAGCUGGUACAGUCUCGGACCAGCAGGGACCAUGCAACGGCUGAGCUGGAGGAGUGUGAGGGGGCGAGGCAGAGCAGAGAGCAGAUCAGAAUCACAGAGUCUGUUCUCAGACUGCCCCUUCAAGAGGGAGAGGAGUCUGCAGAACAUGGCUCACAGCUCGAAGGCGUCAAGGAGACAAGAGUAUCAGAGGAGGAGAAAGCCAGCAGUCAAGGGAGUCAACAGAAGAAGCUCCCUCACAGGGGACAAAACAGAGUGAAAGACACAGGAGGACGACAACAGAGUAAAUCCUCCAAAACCCAAAAGCAAGCUUGGCGCUCACAGCGUGUGAGGCCUGCACAACCACAGCCGCCUGAGGGGGACAGUAAGGAGUCCAAACAUCCUUUUGCUUUGUAUGGCUCAGGAGAGAAGGAUGCAGACAUGGCAGCCCGGAAGACCCACAAUGUCAUCCCUGUAGCUUCCACUAAUGAGAUCCAUGACUCUGCACUACGCGCCAAGACAAGACGGGAAGUGGAGCGACAGAUCCAGACCCAGAGGGCAGAGCGUCGGAGAUCAAAAUCAGCCGAUCUGAACAAGGCCAGAAAGUUGGUUCAACCAGAAUACAACCCCUGGCUCACUGAGUACAUGCGCUGCUUCUCUGCUCGCUCUCGAUAGGACACACACACACACACACACACACACACACACACACACACACACACACACACACACACACACACACACACACACACACACGUGCUAGCAGAAGUACAUUAGGGUGAUGACAGGAUCAAAUAGAGAAAUAAAGCCAUUAAUGCCUACAAACCCUGACGUUUAAAUACUCAGAGAUGUAGAAGAGAGGGUGGGAUAGAUCACUACUGACACCCUCAAUGUUUUUUUAUUCAAACUAUUUAAAUAUAUAUAAUAAGAAACACUUUACAGGGUAGAAGAGACUCUCUAAAGAAAUAGUUUGAUAAGUAAAAGUACCAUUGAUGGAUACAUCCAGCGUGUACUAUUUGAUAAGAAAUACAACUGUAUUGUACAGACAAACUUAAAGCCCCUUUAAACGCAGCCUAUAUAAUAUGUUUUAAACAGGGAUAUCAAAGCACAAUGGACUCAGGGUAGGGAAGGCCUCAGCUGCCUUCUGAAAAAACACCUGAGAUAAAAUGUGAGAAUGGAAAAGACACUUAUUGUAUACACAUGUAAGAAAUGAACACGCCCAUUCGAAUAGUUUGUAUUCUUUCAGCUUUUUGUCUGUAGUCGCUUCGUUGUUUGUAGUGCGAAGCAUGGAUUGACAUUCAGAUAUGUUUAAGAAUUGUAAUGCUUUUGAUCUGAUCAGAUCUCUUGGUGCUGUGAUGUGGCUCUUGUGGAUGUGCAGCGGUUUCUGUGCUCACUUGAGUUGGUCUAGAAAGAUGAGGAUACACACAUCCAGAAGGACACUUUUAUCUGUUACCGACUGUAAAAAGCUUUUUGUAUUUUUCCCUUUGAUGCGUGUGUGAUCAAUAAUGCUGGUGCUAUCACAGUAUGUAAAUACAAACAGCGUGCGACUCUUUCAGCCGCUGGGUGCUGUACAUACUGCAGGACUUAAGUUAUACACUUACACCUCAUGGAUAUUUUUUGUAAACCACGCGAUGUCAUGUUAAAAUGAUAUGCAGCCAAUUAAAGGCAGGGUUUGUUAUUUCCUCCAGAUACUUUUUAGGAUUUUGGUUGAAAUUUCCUUAAGGUCCUGAAAGAAAUGAAUAAUUCAUGUGCUCUUAAAAAAAAGGAACUAAGUAAAUCCGUCAGCUGUAAGCCUGUAAAAACUUUGACCAAUGUCUGCCACGAGGUACCAAUCUGAUGAACCAAUCACACGCCUCCCCUUCUCCCUGCUCGUUCUCUACCCCUUCCCCACACUCAAAGCGCGUCAUCAAUGAGUUUAUUCAGAGAGUUUACUGACCGCUGAAUGAGACAUGUGACAAUGUGGUUUCUAUGGUUUUAUUUCUACACAAUGCAAGCGAGGAGCUGAGGUCAGCUUCUGGAGCAACGGCGCUCGUGCAUGUAAGUGAGGGGGCGUGGCUUUUGAGGGAGCACAGAUGGGGAGGGGGGGUGAGUGCAGACAGAGCACUGAGGGAAUGCUACUUUCAAAAUCAUGCUAGUUUUCAAAAAAAUGACCAACCCUGCCUUUAACGUUGUCUUCAAAGUGUAGCUAUCAAAGGUUCCUCAUUAAAGCCAAAUCUUUUACUAUUGUUUCUAAAUGUGCUCGUGAUCCAAAAGUGGAACCAUUAUAAUGGAAAUAUAUCUUUGUACCUUUAUUCAGAAAAAAAAAAGAGGAAUACUUUUUGCUGAUAUUGAGAGCAUACGUGCUAAAGCUUGACCAAAAUAAAGAGCACUUUGAAGAUAAAUACAUUUUCUGAUAUCAAUAUUAUAAUAUUUGGCCUGGUAUAUAUAUAAUAUAUAAGAGCUUUGUGUCUUCAGUCAUCUGUUGAAUGUUAUUUUUGUGUGAAUGUGUUUAGAAUCAGACACAGGAAGAAAUAGACUGAAAUAAUGUAAUCAAUCUGAUGUUUUUCAAGACUUUUUUUGAAUGCACAAAUCCGACUGGUGUAGAAGUCCUUGUGUCUGCAUUCAUGAUCAAAUCAGCAGUGCCAUAAAACCUUAAACAGUUGUUUCCCCCUCCUGCAGCUGGGCUGGAUGUAAUGUUGUUGUGAAAAUGUGCAUGGAAAGGGAUGAAAGAAAAAGGAGGCCUGUGCUUGAAAAUGAAUAUAGGUUUUUUUAUUUCAAUAUUUGUGUUUUGUUGAUGCAACUCUUGUUUCAGUAUUACUUUACUUUAGUUUUUCAAUGUUGACGUUUUGUUGCACUAGAGUUUUGACAUCAGUCAUUAAAGUUGUGCAAUAUGAGGAAACUGAAGAGGCAUUUCAGUUUGUGUUUUUUUUUUUUCACUUUGGUGAACCGGACAAUCUCUUAGAGCAGAAGGAAAACAGGUUAGUGUAUUCCUUUAGUCAGUUAGAGCAAGUUGUAUAGUGAAGAUCUUUUUAAUGCUGUAGAGAGUAAUGUAUGUAAUGUGUAGUGGACUUCAACGUCUCUGACUAGCAUUGUUACAUCCCAAAUGAUCCACUCGAUCAUUUUAACCUGCGGUGAUGGAGAAAAAGAAAUAGAUAACAUGGUGGGUCUACUAAUCAUUCGACUGAUCAGUGUUAUCUUUAUGAUUGUCUUAUUUGAGGCUGUGUGCACAUGUGAUGUGGAUUAGAAGAAGAGAGGUUGAAAUGCUAAAUUCUAAAGCUGUUAAUAAAUCACUUUCCAGCCUG